UAUUUCGUGCGAUUUUGGUGUCCCCUGAUCUAUAAACUUAAACCCGAGCAGAACUGAUUUCUUCGGAUCUGGACUCUGAGCAAACCCCAGUACGAGAAAACGACGACAGCCCACACGACCACCGAUGCCGGAUACCAGGCCACCACAGCCUUUCGCUACACGGCACGAUGCCGACCGCCACACGACACGCAAGCGCGUGAAGCUGAACCACGUGCCUGCACCGGUGAUUUCGAUUGACAAGACACAUCCGCUGGGAAUCCAGCCGUUAGGGAACCUGAUUCUGUCGAGCAAAGAUGCGGGGCAAGUCGAGCGGGAGAGUAAUGCGCUGCGGACGCGGCAGCUGGGGUAUUUUGCGAUACUGCCGGAUGAGAUGGUGAACCUUGUGCUGCAGACGUUUGGGGCGGAAGAGCUUCGGCGGGUUGGAUAUUGCAGCCGGGUGUUUUCUGCGUUUGCGACGCAGGAGGAUCUGUGGAAGCAGCUGUUUGUCGAGCGGGGAGUACCGCCUACGAAAUGGUACGGCAGUUGGAGACGGACGUAUUAUGGUCUUGAGGAGGAGCGAGAGGCGCGCGUGCGUUGCGACGGGCUGUAUUCUGAUGUUUUGUACCGGCCGUUUUUCUGCACGCACGCCUGCACGACCGAGUACCUCAAAGCGUGUCUGGAGCACUACUCGUCCGAGAGCAUUCAGAUCCCUUAUCUAUCCGAGACUCCGACGCAGGCCGAGUUUGACAGCGAGUGGGCGUAUAAGCCGUUUGUCCUGCGAUCGCACGAAUGGCCGAAAUGGUCGUUCUCAGAGCUGCUGAAGGAGUAUGGCGAGAUCGAGUUCAUCCAGGAAUGCGUGCGGUGGCGGCUUGAUGUCUACGGGCAGUAUAUGGCGUCGAAUCAGGACGAGUCGCCUUUGUAUCUGUUUGACCGGGAGUUUGGUGAUAAGACUAGUAUGACGGUCGAGUACGACGUUCCGGGUAUAUUCAAGCCGGACUACUUCACCCUGCUGAAAGAUAUCCGUCCCGACUACAGAUGGAUAAUCAUCGGCCCUGAGCGCAGUGGAAGCACGUUCCACAAAGAUCCCAACGCGACAUCGGCAUGGAACGCCGUCGUCCAGGGCGCAAAGUACUGGGUCAUGUUCCCACCCGACGUUCUUCCCCCAGGGGUCUACACUUCCGCGGACGAGUCGAGCGUGACCUCGCCGCUGUCGAUCGCGGAGUGGCUGUCUGAGUUCCACAAGGCUGCGCUGGCGACGCCGGGGUUCAGACACGGCGUGUGCAGGUCGGGCGAGGUGUUGUAUGUGCCGAGCGGGUGGUGGCAUUUGGUGGUGAAUCUGGAGGACACGAUUGCGCUGACGCAGAACUUUGUCCCGCUACCGCAUAUCAUGAGUGUGUUGCGGUUUUUCCACAAUAAGAAGGAUCAGAUUUCUGGAUUCCGAAACAAGAAGCGAGCUAGCUCUGACGACGAUGACGAGAACGAGGUCCCGGACGAGGAUAUUUUGAGCAUGUUUGUUGACAGAUUGUUGGGAGGCGAGGCAGAGCUCACUGACGAAGUAGAGGGGAAAAUCAAAAAGUGGACAGAGUCGCUGGGCGAGUCGAAGUGGGAUAAGCUGAUGGAUGCGAAGGAGAGUGGGUUUAGUUUUGGUUUUGGGUUUGACGAGGAUGAGGAUGAGGAUAAUACUGAGGAUAGAGAAGAUGAGCGAUGAUAAGGAUUAUAAUGUAAUGUAUUAAUGCAGCAACUGUGCUGUAUCAAGGAGAUCAAUUCAUGGGCCAAACAUUAUGCCAAAAAGUACAAAAAGAUGAUUACUUUCCAAACGCAUAGAUACCACCCUUCUCAGCAACAUCGACCGAGAUCUUGCUAUCCUCAAGCACCUUGCCGUCAACCUCAAGACCAGCAUCGAUGUGGUCGCCAGGCACGACAGAGCCGACGCCCUUGGGUGUGCCGGUGAGGAUGAUGUCGCCGGGCUGGAUGGUCAUGACGCUGGAGAUGGCGGAGACGAGCUCG